AUGAUCAGGAUAAAUUCUAGAAAUACAAUUAAAUCAUUAAGAUUCAUACGUUAUAAUUCAUCAAGUACAACUCCGUCACAACAAACAACAGCAUCAAUUUCAAAAGCAUCAAUAGCAAGACCAGAAGCUAUACAUUUAAAUAAAAAAGAUUUACAAAAUAAUGAAUUUGCACAACAAGCUCCAAAUAGAGAUGUGACAUGGUCACAAAGUCAAGAACCAAGAAUUGAUGUAAUAUCAAAAUUUCCUUAUAGAUUUACCCAAAGAGAUUUAGCUGAACAACCAAGACCUUAUGCAGCUAUUGAUUUAAUUGCUAAAGAACCAAUAAGGUAUUUAACACACGAAGAAGGUAAUAUUGCUGUAUGUGAUGGAAAUAAAGGAGAUACAUUACAAGGUCAUCCAAAAGUAUUUAUAAAUUUAGAUAAACCAAAAGCUUCAACUUGUGGAUAUUGUGGAUUAAGAUAUGCUAAAGAAGAAUUUAAGGAAAUAAUUGAAGCUGGUGAAGCUAAAUAG